AUGGUGCAUGAUCACAUCUUGCCUCCCUCGUUCUCUCUUUUCUCUCUCUUGUUGGGUGGCUGGUGCGAAAUCGAACUCUCUCUCUCUAUCCUCUCUUCAAAAUUUUCUCUCUGCAAACUUUCACCUAAAUCUGAUUGCAGAGAUCUCAAAAACCCUAGAUCUUGCUCGUUCGGUUCCUGUAUUUCAUCUGAUUCGGGCAUUUACAGAUCGUUAGGGCUUUCUUUUUUGUUUCCUUUGGUCGAUGGUUCGAAUCCUCCAUUCCAGGUGGAGGAUCAGACGGAUGAAGAUUUCUUUGACAAGUUAGUUAAUGACGAUGAUGAUGAUGACAACAUGGGUCCCACUGCCCCUAAAUUCACGGAGGGUAACGAGUCCGACGACGCCAGAGCCUUCGCCAAUUUAGCAAUCGGCGAAGAUUCCGGCGGCGAGGCUGACAAUUACGAUGAAAAGGAAAAAGAUCCUGUGGAUGCAGGUCCAGCACCGGCCAAUGCACACGCAGGUGAAGACGGUAGUGAUUCAUUAGGUCGAAAUAGCGUGAUUGACUCGAAAAAUCAUCAAGAAGUAGGGGCCGGCUCAGAGGUUGGAUUUGAUCCGAAUAUAAGUAAGAACAAUGGAUCUAUGAAUUCUGGGGUUAAGGAAGUAGGGUGGAAUUCGUUUUAUGCGGAUUCUGACGAGAAUGGGGUGAAUGGAUUUGGGUCAUAUUCCGAAUUUUUCAAUGAUUUAGGGGAGAAUCCCACUGGAGAUUUCCCUGGUGAAGUGGAUGAAAAUGCGAAAACGGGUGUAUUGAUCAGAAUUCUGUUAGUAGUUGGGCAGUAUCAUGAUGGCGGGCAAGUUUAUGGAGCUUCUACCGUAGAUAAUGGAAAUGAGCAAGAUUUGAAUAGCAGUCAGUACUGGAAGAAUAUGUAUCCAGGAUGGAAGUAUGAUGCUAAUACAGGGCAGUGGUAUCAGGUGGAUGGUUAUGAGGGGAACCUUCUAGGGAGUUAUGAGAGUUCAGGUGAUGGCAGUGGGACCACGGAUGUGAAAGCAGGGUUCUUUUGGCAGCAGGCAGUUCAGUCUGUUGCAGGGACUAUGGCAACUGCAGAGAGUGGUGCCACGGAGAGUGUGACAAAUUCAAAUCAGGUUUCACAAGUGAAUAAUGGGUACCCGGAACAUAUGGUUUUUGACCCUCAAUACCCUGGUUGGUAUUAUGACACAGUUGCUCAAGAAUGGCGGACAUUGGAGAGCUAUAAUGCCUCUGUUCGAUCAUCUCUUCAGUCAACGGUUCAAGGUCAUGAUCAGCAAAAUCAAAAUGGAUUUGUUUCUGCUGGUGGGCAUUCUCAAAGUAACUGUUCUGGUGUUUACGGUGAAUAUGGACAAGGAGAUAAUUAUGGGUCACAAGGUCUUGGAAGCUCUGGUGAACAUGGUAAUUGGGGUGACUCCUACAGUAAUUAUAACCAGGGUUUGAACAUGUGGCAACCAGGGACUGUUGCCAAAACUGAGGCAGUUUCAAGUUUUGCUGGAAACCAGCAAUUGGAUGCAUCUUUUGGUUCGAAUAUGUCUGUGAACAGCCACGUAAAUCAUUUGAAGUCAUCCUAUAAUUCUCUGCAGGAAGUUCAGUUGCUUAAUAAAGCUAGUCAGGCUCAUACUGAGGUCAAUGGAGUUGUUGGGUUUAGAAGUUUUGUCCCUAGUGAAAACUUCAAUCACCAGUUUAAUCAGACAAAUUUAAAGCAAAGCGAGCAGAUGCAUUUCUUGAAUGAUUUCUAUGGAAGCCAGAACUCUGCCAAUGUUGCCAAGGAACCGCUUCAGAGUAGCCAGCAGUUUUCUUAUGCUUCCAACACAGGGAGAUCAUCAGCUGGGCGUCCUCCACAUGCACUUGUUACUUUUGGUUUUGGUGGAAAACUGAUAGUAAUGAAAGAUAGUAGUCCUCUACUGAACUCGUCAUUUAGUAGCCAGGAUUCUGUAGGAGCCUCUAUCACCGUUCUCAAUUUGUUGGAAGUUGUCAAUGGAAACUCAAAUGGUUCUGGUACCUCACUGUCAGCUUCUGAUUAUUUCCGUACUCUGUGCCAACAAUCCUUUCCUGGUCCAUUGGCUGGUGGAAAUGCAGGCAGUAGAGAGCUGAACAAGUGGAUUGAUGACAGAAUUGCCAACUGUGAAUCACCUGACAUGGACUACAAAAAGGGUGAAGUUUUGAGGCUGCUUCUCUCAUUGCUUAAAAUAGCUUGCCAGCAUUAUGGAAAACUCCGGUCUCCUUUUGGUGCUGACACUGUAUUGAAGGAGACUGAUACUCCAGAAUCAGCAGUUGCAAAACUCUUUGCAUCUGCGAAGAGGAAUGACACACCUUAUGGUGCUCUUAGCCACUGCUUGCAGCAAUUGCCUUCUGAAGGACAAAUUCGGGCAACCGCUUCUGAGGUACAGAAUCUUCUGGUUUCUGGUAGAAAGAAAGAGGCUCUACAAUGCGCACAAGAAGGUCAGUUGUGGGGACCUGCACUUGUUCUCGCAUCACAAUUGGGUGAUCAGUUCUAUGUUGAUACUGUGAAGCAAAUGGCACUUCAUCAGCUGGUAGCAGGGUCUCCUUUGCGGACAUUAUGCUUGCUAAUUGCAGGGCAACCGGCAGAUGUUUUUUCCACAGGCACCACAGUUGAUGGCAUGGAUAUGUCUCAACAGCAUGCACAGUUAGGGGCUAAUUGCAUGCUUGAUGAUUGGGAAGAGAAUUUGGCUGUAAUAACUGCAAACAGAACCAAGGAUGAUGAGCUUGUGAUUAUUCAUCUUGGAGAUUGCCUGUGGAAGGAAAGAAGUGAGAUAACUGCAGCGCACAUCUGUUACUUAGUUGCGGAAGCAAACUUUGAGUCAUAUUCAGAUAGUGCUAGACUUUGUCUUAUUGGAGCAGAUCACUGGAAGUUUCCCCGAACUUACGCUAGUCCAGAGGCAAUCCAGAGGACUGAGUUUUAUGAAUAUUCAAAGGUACUGGGAAACUCUCAGUUUAUCCUGCUACCAUUUCAGCCAUACAAGCUUGUUUAUGCACACAUGCUGGCUGAAGUUGGAAGAGUUUCAGAUUCAUUGAAGUACUGUCAAGCUGUAUUAAAAUCUCUGAAAACUGGUCGAGCACCUGAGGUAGAAACUUGGAAACAAUUAGUUUUAUCUCUUGAGGACAGGAUAAGAAUCCAUCAACAGGGUGGAUAUGCUGCAAAUUUGGCUCCAGCAAAAUUAGUUGGUAAAUUGCUGAACUUUUUUGAUAGCACUGCUCAUCGUGUUGUUGGUGGUCUACCACCACCAGCACCAUCAGCAUCAAAUGGAAAUUCUCAAGUUAAUGAUCAGUUUCACCAACAAAGUGGGCCAAGGGUAUCAUCUAGUCAAUCAACAAUGGCCAUGUCUUCUUUGAUGUCAUCUGCCUCAAUGGAACCUAUAAGUGAUUGGGCAGGCAGGGCGGUUGAUGGGAGAAUGACAAUGCAUAAUAGAAGUGUUUCAGAGCCAGACUUUGGCAGAACUCCAAGACAGGUUGAUUCAUCAAAGGAAGCUGGAGCAUCCACUGCACAAGGCAAAGCAUCGGGCUCGGGAGGGGCAUCUCGCUUUGCUCGUUUUGGUUUUGGCUCUCAGCUUUUGCAGAAGACUGUGGGGCUAGUCUUGAGGCCUCGUGCAGAUAAGCAGGCUAAACUGGGUGAAAAGAACAAAUUCUACUAUGAUGAAAAGCUCAAGAGAUGGGUGGAGGAAGGUGCUGAACCUCCAGCUGAAGAAGCAGCCUUGCCGCCACCUCCAACCACUGCAGCAUUCCAGAAUGGAAUGUCUGACUACAACUUGAAGUCUGCAUUGAAGAGUGAGGGGUCUCCCCCUAAUGGGAGCCCAAAAUUCAGAAAUCCAACCCCAAUAGAACAUGCUUCUGGGAUCCCACCUAUUCCUGCUAGCUCCAAUCAAUUCUCAGCUCGUGGACGAAUGGGUGUUCGAGCAAGGUAUGUGGACACUUUCAACCAAGGUGGUGGGGGCCAAGCAAAUUUAUUUCAAUCACCUAGUGUUCCCUCUGUUAAACCUGCAGUGGCUGCAAAUGCAAAGUUCUUUAUUCCCGCGCCUGCAUCAGCAAGUGAACAAACGAUGGAGGCAAUAUCAGAAAGUGCACAGGAAGAAAAUACAACUAGUAAUAAUCCUACAAAAUCCAAUGCCAAUGAGUCUUUUCAAUCUCCCACACCUUCAUCAUCAAUGACUAUGCAAAGGUUCCCUAGCAUGGAUAAUCUUGCUCGGAAAGGCAUUAUGAGAAAUGCCAAUGGUUUUCCACCGCACUCACGACGAACAGCCUCAUGGAGUGGUGGAAACUUUGCUGAUGCAUUUAGUCCACCUGGUAAGGCUGAAAUCAGACCUUUAGGGGAGGCACUGGGAAUGCCUCCAUCUUCAUUUAUGCCCAGUCCAACGAAUGGUAGUUUUGGGGAUGAGCUACAUGAGGUGGAACUUUGAGCAAGAGUUGUCGAGAUGUAAAUAUCAAGUUUUGUUCCUGCAAUCAGAUAUAGUACUCAAGAAUCAUGAUAUUCCUGCUCCUGCAUCUUUCAUAUAUACGACAAAAUGGCAGCUUGCACCGGAACUGUUUCUGUUAAAAUGGAAACCAAAAAUGUUCUUUUUUGCUGAACUUCUUGACCCCUUACCCCCUUCUGCAUUGUAUUUUGAUAUUCAGUUGCUUAUUUAGCUGUAUUAUUAGGUUUCAUCUGUAUGUCCCAGGGUUCAAGGAGCUGGGUUAUUUUUGUUCUUUUUUUGUUUUUUGUUCUUUUUACUAUAAGCAGCAAAAGCCUGAGCAGGCACACCAUUGUACAGUCAUUUGUUCAUUUGUUGAAGAAUAGAAAUUAUUCCCUUGAGGUAAAAGAUGCAAGAAAGCCGCAAAGGGAUUCUCAAGGGGAAAAGGCAUAGUGUACUGAAUUCCAAAAA